CCUAAGGGAAAUUAUAUUCAUCAAAAAAAUUGUUCCACCAUAUUUUUUUAGUAACUUAUUCCUUACGAAAUGACAACAAAAGCCAAUGUGACAGCUUCACAAGCUACCGCAUUGAAAGGCGUAUUCCGAAAUGGCAGCUAUGUGAUACCAGGAGUUUACGAUUUGAGUGUCGAGGACACAAAUUGGGUGUUGACUUCGUCAUUCAUCAUUUUCACAAUGCAAACUGGUUUUGGCAUGCUCGAAUCCGGUUGCGUGUCAAUAAAAAAUGAAGUCAACAUCAUGAUGAAAAAUGUCGUCGACAUAGUUUUGGGUGGAUUUACAUAUUGGCUUUUUGGUUAUGGAAUGUCAUUUGGACGUGGGCCACUUUCAAAUCCAUUCAUUGCAAUUGGAGACUUUUUAAUUGAUCCGCCUGUUGGAGAUCCACUAAUGGGUCAAAUAUUUUCGGCUUUUCUUUUCCAAUUAUCAUUUGCAACCACAGCGACUACAAUUGUCAGUGGAGCUAUGGCUGAACGGACUAAUUUCAAGGCGUAUUGUUUAUUUUCUUUGCUAAAUACCGCUGUGUAUUGCAUACCUGCUGGAUGGGUAUGGGGUGAGCAUGGUUUUCUAAAUAAUUUGGGAGCUGUUGAUAUUGCUGGAAGUGGGCCAGUUCAUUUGAUUGGUGGCGCUUCUGCAUUUGCUUCAGCAGCAAUGCUCGGACCAAGGCUUGGACGAUAUGCAGAUGGAUAUGAUCCUUUGCCACUUGGCAACCCUGUCAAUGCGUGCAUGGGACUUUUUGUCCUCUGGUGGGGAUGGUUGGCUUUCAACUCGGGUAGCACAUACGGAGUUAGUGGAGCAAAAUGGCAGUAUGCAGCCAGAGCUGCAGUAAUGACCAUGCUUGGUUCAUUUGGUGGUGGAGUUAGUAGCCUUGGCUACUCGCUAUGGCGAAACGAAGGUCGAUUAGAUAUAAUCGACCUUAUCAACGGAAUUUUGGGUUCCUUAGUUUCUAUCACUGCUGGGUGCUUCUUAUUCCGUGCCUGGGAAGCAUUACUUAUUGGAGCUCUAGGAGCUCUUUUAUGCUGUGUGGCAAUGCCAUUAUUCGACAGACUCGGUGUCGAUGAUCCAGUUGGAGCCAGUGCUGUUCAUGGUGUUUGUGGUAUUUGGGGUGUCCUAGCUGUUGGAUUGUUUGCUGAUAAUCCAAUCCCCUUGGGAACAACCAAAGGACGAACGGGAUUAUUCAAAGGUGGUGGCUGGUAUCUUCUUGGAAUUCAAAGCUUAUCGGCAUUUUGUCUUGUCUGUUGGGGUAUUUGUUCCACAUUUCUUCUACUCUAUAUUGUCAAUAAAAUCAUUCCCAUCCGAAUGGAGCCAAAUGAAGAACUUUUGGGUGCUGAUUUAAUGGAACACAGAAUUCGACACUCACAAAUUGGUCUUUCAAGAGCUAUCUCAGCUUUGGCACCAUUAAAAAUUGAUUUGGAAGAAAUUGUUGGAAUUAGACCAAUCGGAUUGAAUCCUGGACAUGAGAAGAGUCUUGAUGAAUUGAGAGCUGCUGAGGAUAAACUUAAUCAAUGGCGUUCGUAUUUGGAUCAAAUGGGUCCGACAAAACGUAAAUCACAAGCUUCGUUGAGUGAUGAUUCUCCGAGUACGGCUGUAAGAAGGAAGAGUAUUGCUGGCAAUAGUCUUUCAAAGAAAAUUCACAGCUUACGUGGUAAGAUUCCGGAGACAACGGAACAUGUUGCUGUUAGUGGGGUGGGGGGAGUAUUUAAAAAUAAAAAUGCAGAAGUGCCAACAGUUUCAAAGGGAAAGGAUAAUGGAACGUUUGCUUGGAUUGAUUAAAGUUAAACCUAUCAAAUUUAUUUAAAUAUUUGUGUUAAG